UUGCCGAUACAAUCCGUAGAAUUCGAAAUCCAUUUAAAAUAGUGAAUGCAUCUGGGAAGCAACUUUUUUAUCAAGCAGUCAUACAGCAAAUAAAUUAAGGAUUCUUGUUUUCUAUUCUAAAGUUCUCCCUUCUUCAGAGCUAAAUUGCGAAUCACAUUCACAAAAAUCCCAUUUUUAAAGAAAAAAAUACCUUUUCUUCUACUCUGUACAAAAAAGAUUAACUUGGCUACUUCUCCUACAGUUUUUUAUUCUCUUGAUCUUCUUUUAUGAACACUUUUUAUUUGGGGUGGGGGUAUUCUUGAAAGGUGGGGUUUUGUUUACUUUCUUAUUUAGCUAUUCUUUUCUUUGAUUCUUGACCCAUCAUUUUUUCUUAACUUCUUUACCAGAUUCCCACCUGGUGUUUUGCUUUUAUUAUUACUACUAUUAUUAUUAUUUUGUUUCCCACACAAUCACAUGCUUCUUCUUCUGUUUGUCUGAUCUUAGAUUGGAUCAGAAGGUUCAUUUUUUCCCCACUUUGAAGAAGAACAAGAGAGAAAGAGAAAGUGAGGGGUCUUUUUGUGGGCUUAAAUGUUGAGUGCUUGGAAGAAAAGAAGAAAGCAAGCAAGAACCAGGGAGGAAUAGUCCGCUUCUGCUGGUAUUGUAUUAUUGGGGAUUUUGAGUUAGCAGUUGAAUCACCUAGUGCUUAAUGAUCGAAAUCGGUUUCCAUUGGAAAAAAAAAGUUGAUAGCAUAUUUUUCAACUCCUGAGGCAUGGCGGCUAUUGAUGUUUCAAAGUAUGUACAUAGUGCUGUGCACAAGGCCGUGGCAAUGAGAGAUUACUCCGGGCUCAGGAGGAUACUCGCCACUCUACCACGGGUUAGUAACCCGACUGAGAUUCAAACAGAAGCAGCCUCAUUGGCUGAGGAAGAGAAGGCCGAUGCGAUCGCUGCCGUGAUUGAUAGGCGGGAUGUUCCUAAACGGGAUACACCUCUUCACUUGGCUGUUAAGCUUGGUGAUGAAACUGCAACUGAAAUGCUUAUGGUUGCUGGUGCUGAUUGGAGCUUGCAAAAUGAACAAGGAUGGAGUGCACUCCAAGAAGCAAUUUGUAAUAAGGAAGAAGCUAUUUCUAUGAUUAUUGUUCGGCAUUACCAGCCAUUGGCAUGGGCAAAAUGGUGUAGAAGGUUGCCUCUCUUGGUAGGAACUAUGCGAAGGAUGAGAGAUUUUUACAUGGAAAUCACAUUCCAUUUUGAGAGUUCUGUGAUUCCUUUCAUUUCCAGAAUUGCUCCAUCAGACACAUAUAAAAUUUGGAAGAGAGGAGCAAAUUUGAGAGCUGAUAUGACUUUGGCUGGAUUUGAUGGGUUCCGAAUUCAGCGGUCAGAUCAAAGUAUUCUUUUCCUUGGUGAUGGUUCUGAGGAUGGGAAGGUUCCUCCUGGUUCACUUUGUAUGAUUACGCAUAAGGAUAAAGAGGUGAUAAAUGCUUUGGACGGUGCUGGUUCUCAAGCAACUGAAGAAGAGGUUCGACAAGAAGUGCUUGCAAUGUCUCAGACUAAUAUAUUCAGGCCCGGGAUAGAUGUAACACAGGCGGUUCUUUUGCCACAAUUGACAUGGAGGCGACAAGAGAAAGCAGAAAUGGUAGGUGCCUGGAAGGCUAAGGUGUAUGAUAUGCACAAUGUUGUUGUAAGCGUCAAAUCUAGGAGGGUGCCUGGGGCCAUGACAGAUGAUGAAUUCCUUGCAGCUUCCAAUGGAAAUGAAGCAGAGAGCGAAGAGCUUGAUGAGAUAUUGACGGAAGAUGAAAGGAGGCAACUCGAACUUGCUCUUAAGUUGGAUUCUUCAGAAAUAUCCAAUGAGAAUGGUGAUGGCAUUAUUGGGCAUCAACAUAGUUGUUAUGAGCCAAGGGAAAUUUCUAUCAAGGAGUCCAAUGGUUAUAAAAAUGGAGAGACUAAGCAGGAAAAGAAAGGAUGGUUUGGCGGAUGGAGGAAACGGGAGCCAAGGCAAGAGACGCAGAAGAAGAUCGUAUCACCGAGGAGUUCUGUGUGUGUAGAUGAAAAGGUAAGUGAUUUGCUGGGAGACUUUCCAUCCGAUAGUCAUAUCAAACCUGGUAGACAUUCUGUGGAGAUUGCAGCAAGGCACGAUCAUCGGAGGAUAAGAGAUUCGAAGACGUCUAUUUCCAUGAAUUCGGAGAUUGGUAAUUGGCACAGGGAUGGUGGCCGCGAGAAUGAAUAUAAGAAAGGAUUGAGGCCUAUUCUUUGGCUUUCUCCAAACUUCCCAUUGCAAACUGAAGAACUUCUGCCGUUGCUAGACAUUCUUGCAAACAAGGUCAAGGCAAUUCGUCGAUUAAGAGAACUGCUGACUACAAAGCUUCCUGCGGGAACCUUCCCUGUCAAGGUUGCUAUUCCAGUGGUUCCAACCAUCAGAGUAUUGGUUACUUUUACGAAGUUUGAAGAGCUACAGCCAGUGGACGAGUUCUCUACACCCCCUUCAAGCCCCACUACUAGCCGUGAAAGCCCUGCGGUGACACAUUCCUCAGGCUCAUCUUGGUUUCAGUGGAUAAAGGCACCAUAUCACCGUCCUAGCUCAUCGAAUUAUAGUUGCAAUAAGAUAGAAAAUCUUCAAGAUCCAUUUGCAAUUCCUCCAGAUUACACUUGGAUUACAGCUGAAGCAAAGAAAAAAAAGAUGCGAGAGAAGAGCAAAUUGCAAAAAGUUAAGAGUCAGAAUCGAUGAGGUCGGGCUAAGAUCUGGUUGUAAAAAGAAAAAAGGGGUACCAAACAGGAGAUAGUGUUUUCAUUAAUGCAUAAAAGUUGUGUUUCUGUUAAUGAAGAAAGGAAAUAGAAAAAUAGAUGAUUGGGGCUUGGUUUAUAUAUGUAGCGGGAAAAUUUGGUAUAUCAUGUGAUUCUUUCAGCAUUUGCAUGGCAUGUGGGAGUGGGAGGUUACUGAUUUACAUCUUAUACCUGUGACUAACUCUUGACAACAUUUACUGACACAAUUGGUAAAGUUUUUAUUGCUGGCAGCAAAUUCUAUUUGUAACCAUAUAAUUUAGAUCAUUUGCUUGGAGUGCUCAUGAUGUUUUCUAGUUUUUAUCUGUUUUUCUUUUUACAAGUAAAACUUGUUUUUAUUUACUCUGUAUUGGUUGGUUCCUCACAAUGGACAUGUUUGUCUCUUUUGGAUGAUUCA